AUGGCUACGAUAGCCGAUGCCCUUUCCCGUUUAACUAUCCCUCCUCAAACCGCACAAAACACCCAACAAGCUUCAACAUCAAGUAGUUUACCCUCCCAACCUCAACCCAACCCUAAGGGUAGCAUUAAUUCCAUUACCCUUAGGAGCGGCACUAAACUUGAUAAGAAUGUUGCUAUGCCUACAAAGUUGAGUGAAGAGACAAACAAUGAAGAGGUAGGAGAUAAAGUGGAGGUGAUGAGGGAUGAAGAUGAAGGUGUUGAUAAAAGCGAGAAGGAACCACCCAAGGUCAAGGAGCCAAAGAGAAAGACCUUGCUUGAAGAGCCUUUUCCCGUUCCAUUCCCAACUUUAGCCAAGAAGGCUAAGAAACAAGAAGAGCUUGACCCCAAUAUGGUGAAAGUUUUUAAGAAGAUCGAAGUCACCAUUCCCCUCUUCCAAGCCAUUCAACAAGUGCCCAAAUAUGCCAAGUUCCUUAAAGAUGUUUGUACUCACAAGGACAAGCUUGGCAACCUCAACACAAGGCCGGUAGAUGAUUCUAUCUCUUCUUUACUUCCUGAAAAAUGCAAUGAUCACGGCCUAUGUUUGGUCACUUGCUUAAUUAGUGGGAUGAAAUUUAUGGACUGUAUGUGUGAUCUGGGGACGUGCGUAAGCAUUAUGCCACUCCCCAUUUAUGAAAGAUUGAAUUUGUCACCCCUAAAGAGGUCUAGGGCGAGGUUUGUGCAAGCUGAUAAAAGUAUUGUGUUAGUUGUGGGGAUUGCAGAGAAUGUGCUAGUUAAUAUUCAAGGGUUGCUCUUUUCAGUUGAUUUUCACAUUUUGGAGACCCUUCCCAUUGACUCUAACAAGCCAUCGUCCAUACUCCUUGGAAGGCCAUUCUUAAAGACGGCCCGUUUCAAGCUAGAUGCACAUUCGGGAGUUUAUUCUUUCGAGUCAGAUGGCAAGUUGGUCAAGUUCACUUUGGAGGAGUCAAGCAAGCCCGUUCUUGAAGCUUAUUCUAUUUUUGGGUGUGACAUCGUUGAAGAUCAAGUGAUUGAGGAUGGGAAGGAACAAGAAAAAAAGGAUGUUGCCAAGAAGUCAAAUUCAAGGGAUCACACUCAACCCAAAAAUGCCAAGGAGUUGGAGAUUUUCCUCCUUGGUGAAGUUUCCAAGUGA